UUGGCUCUGGGUCCGCUGUACUUUCUGCGGAACCUUGUGUCGUAGACCUGUUUCCAGGGGAGUGAGUUCGCUAUGGGAUUUAGGACUUACUAGCUUCCGGUGACCUCUCCGGCUAAUGGCGGAGCCAGGGCAUCCUGCUCGGGAGGCACCAGCAGCCUCAAGCCGGAGAACUAAUCGCGCUCCGCGUAGACCUCAGCUCUCUCGCCCAGCUUCCGGUGCCUCGGAUCCUCCCCUUCGUAAUUCAGUGCAACCUGCAUGUGACUCCGCCAACAGGACAGAUCCCGUAGGCAACACAGUAUCGAUGAAGCAAAAGAAAAAGAAAACCCCGAACAGGGUCUCUGGGACAAAUGGAAAGGAAAAGCCCUCCGAGAAACCUACUCCAGAAGAAGCUCCCCCUAGUGCUGAGGCCCAGGCGGAGCAGCUGGCGCGGGAGCUGGCCUGGUGUGUGGAACAGCUGGAGCUGGGUCUCAGGACGCAGAGACCCACCCCGAAACAGAAAGAGCAGGCUGUUGGGGCAAUCCGAACGUUGCGCAGUGAAAAAACCCCCUUGCCCCGGAAGAGACAGCUGAUGCGCUCCUUGUUUGGGGACUACAGGGCUCAGAUGGAUGCAGAGUGGCAGGAGGCCCUACGGGCUUUAAAGGCUGCCACCCACUCGGCCCAGGUACAGCUGGUUGGCGAGGCCGCCAGAAAGAAGAGUGGAAGGGUCUGCAGGCCGCGUCCUGCAGGAAGAGCCGGAACCACGCCCGACUUGACCAACGAGGAGUUCCGGUUCAAUUUCUUUUAGAGUCUCCUACAUGCUGGACUAGUCAUCCCCUCCGGGGUGGUGAGGGGGAUUUGUCUUGAGUGCAGGGCCUUUCCAGGAAUUCUCUCAGCAGAAGUGGGAUUGGUUUGUCCCUCAUGACAUGAAGCGGCUGGCCGAUGUGAAGCUGCCACGUGGGAACUUUUGAAAGAAAUGUUCUUCCUGACAGAAGAGAGAUGUGGAGUAGCUGCUGGUGAUAAGGAACUGUGGAGAAGCUCUGGACACACUGGGCUCACUUUCGAAAGGGCGCCCUGGCCAGUUUUUAGUGCUUUACAUAUUGUUAUAUUGCCUUAAUAAAUCUUUUUUUUAAAGAAAUAGGA